CAGUGUAUGGCCUAGUACAUGCUAAACGUCCACAGUCCACUCCAGCGCAGGCUGCGCAGCAGAAAGAAAAGAACGCAGAACGGCCACAACCAAAGCCAGCGACGAAAAACGAAGCGCAGAACUCCGUCCGCGCAGAGAGAAAAGAACGCAGAAGGAAAGGAACGCAGCAGACGGUCCGUCCGCGCAUAGCAACGCCAAGCGCACGCCCCCUCCGUCCGACCCUGUCCGCCGCUCGCCCUGCGCAGAUACGCUGCUAGCGGCUAGCCUGCUAUGUUCUUUUGAGUCUUUGACUGCUGACCUGCCUCCAGUUCUCUCGACUUCUCGAGGAGUCGAGCCGUCGAGGUAAUCAGGAUCCUGGAUUAAUCACUCCAACAGUCCAACCCUUUUAAGAACAAUUGAUUUUCGUACUUAGUCCCGAAAUACAAAUUUAGGGAUUAUCUAUUAUAAAGAAGUUAAAUGACAAUGGAUGUGAAGCCACCAAACACCAUCCCAAGCUUCAUUGACCAAGCAGUAGUCCCAGGAGAUGUAAUCUUGGAUCUUUCUUCAAUGACUAACCAAACCAUAAAGCUCGGAAGCGGCCUUAGACAGGACUGCGAUGCUGUAUCUGUUAUGAAAGCUGGAAUAUUGAGAUAUGCAAAGCCAAACAAAUACUGGGUUGAAAGCUCCCAUAAAAGAUAUGUUCCCUGUGCAGGGGAUUCAGUCCUUGGAAUUGUGGUCGACUCCAAAGCUGAUAACUUCCUUGUGGACAUUAAAGGGUCAAUGUUGGCAUAUUUGCCAGUGUUAGCAUUUGAAGGUGGAACUAGAAGAAACAUUCCCAAAUUUGAGGAAGGUACUCUGAUUUAUGCUCGUGUUGUCAAGGCCAAUCCCGGGAUGAACCCUGAGUUGUCCUGCACCGAUGCUAGUGGAAAGGCUGCAGAGUUUGGUCCCCUUAAAGAGGGGUACAUGUUUGAGUCAUCAACUGGCUUAUCACGAAUCCUUUUGAGUACUCCAACAUGUCCAGUUCUUGAAGCUCUCGGUAAAAAGCUCUCUUUCGAGAUAGCAACUGGUUUGAAUGGCCGCGUUUGGGUAGAUGCAUCUUCCCCUGCCAUAACUAUCCUCGUCGCAAAUGCCAUAAUGAAUUCUGAGUCGCUGAGUCCCGUGCAACAGAAGAUUAUGGCUGAGAAGCUCCUCCAAAGAGUCCAAUAAGUUAACUGUAACAGUGAAUUGGUUUGUAUGGGUGGUUUUAGAGUCCAAUUAAUGUUCUGGCCCAAUUAGGGAUUGCUUUUUUUUUUUAUUAACAAUUUUGGUAAUACUUUUUAUUUCAAUGUGUGAAAGAGAUUGUUUCUUUUUUUGAAUUUGCAUUAGAUUGCAACCAUAAUGUGAAUUCACUCCUUGUAUACCAGAUUACCAGCCAUAAUUUUGGUGAACAUUUUGUAGGGGAACAGGGAAGUGCUAACUCUUAAUAAUUUAACUGGUGUUAAAUAUCAAGUUGUUCGAGUUACGAGUU